CAGAGUUAACGGAGUGGGAUGUAAAUUAUAAAUCCCAGCCCUGAAGUCUCAAUGGACUCGAACUGUCUGGAUACUGGAUAGCUAGAUUUAUGCGUUCUGAAAGGAAACCAGUGCUGUAUUCAUAGUCUCGCUUACAACCUAUUCACAAGGGUCUGUAGGAUUUAGUUGUGCCAAUAAGGACCAGGCUGAUUGCAGCAGCGGUGGACUAGCUGGAUUUUGUACUGGUGUAGAGCUUGCCCCGAAUUUCACUUGUUAGUGUACUCACAAAGAACUGCAGGUUCUCUAACUGGUACCGGUGCGACAGGAGUUGCCCGAGUGUCUUGUGAACUGCUGCGCAGCGCGCAGAUUGGGGCUCAGGCGCACAGCAUGUUGGAACGUUGCCCGGUGGCACUUACCGCUGUAUUAAUCGCUAUCCUGGCGAUAGGGGAGUCUACAUUAGGAUCAAAGGUCAGACCGCCUGUUUUGAAUAUAAAGAGCAACCAACAUGUUAUUUUAGUCAAACAGACUCUGAAGCUCACAUGCAGUGGGAAAAAGCCACAUUCCUGGUCUUUGCCAGACAGUGUCCAUAAGGCUGGCCAAAGACUUAGUAUAGUUCCUUACAGGUGUGGAGAAAACAGCACUCUCUUCUGCAAUAGUCUCACACUGACCUCAACUCAGAUUACGGACACUGGAUUCUACAGAUGCAAAUACAAUAUGGCCAAUGGUACAAAAAGAAAAAGAACAGAGACUGCUGUGUAUGUGUAUAUUAAAGAUGAAGCCAAUCCAUUUGUGAAGUCAUACGUCGACAAACCUAAAGUUUUAUACAUGGAACUUGGCAUGAAACUGGUUAUCCCUUGCAGAGUAACAGCUCCAGAUAUAAAUGUCACUUUGAACAAGAUUCCAGAGGGUAAUCUGAAACCAGAUGGAAAAGCUAUUAUGUGGGACAGCAGAGAAGGCUUCAUCAUUCCAAAUGCAGGUUAUAUGUUUAUAGGGCUUCUGUCAUGUAAAGCAACCUCACAGGGGCAGAACUUCACAACAACAUAUUUAACACAACGGCAAGUAAAACCCUCAUUUAUUGAUCUGCAUCUAAAUACAACCGGUGUCAUUGCACUGCUCAGGGGAGAACUGCUUGCUAUUAACUGUACUGCUACCACGGAGCUGAACACCAGAAUUACAUUUAAAUGGACCUAUCCUGAUAAAGCCCCUGAAGUACCUCAUAUAACAAAAGGAAUUAACCAGAGUUAUAAGGAUAACAAAUUCUACAGUGCCCUUGUCAUAAACAAUGUGAGUCAGGCUAACCAAGGCACAUAUACCUGUCAUGCAGAGAGUGGAGGAGUUUUUAAUUCUACCAAAACAACAGUUGUUGUACACAAUAAGCCAUUUAUUAAAGUGAAGCACAAAAGCAAAGCCAGGGCCAUUGCUGGUCAGAAAUCCUAUACUAUGUUGAUGAAAGUGGAGGCAUUUCCCCCGCCAGAGGUUGUAUGGCUAAAGGACGGAGUACCUGCAGCGACACAGUGUGUCCGUUAUAAGGUUAAUGGCUACACCUUAACUAUAAAUGACGUCACUGAAGAAGAUGCUGGAACGUAUACCAUGAUGCUGAGAAUACAACAGAAGAAAUUUUAUAAGAACUGUUCAGUUGUCCUUACUGUAAAUGUAAAACCACAGAUAUGUGAGAAGGCAGUAUCGUUUCAAAAUCCCACAACAUACCCUCUCGGCAGCAAACAGACUUUGAAGUGUACAGCUUAUGGAAUACCACGCCCCAAAUUCCAGUGGGCAUGGAAGCCAUGUCCUUCCAAUGACUGCAAAACACAGUGUGAUAGCCGCACAAAUGCCAGACAUUGCUUUGUCUUCUUGAAUACUAGCUCUACUGUGGGAAACAGAAUUCACAGCAUCAGUGAACGAACAGAAUUAUUACAAGGGAAGAAUAAGACAGUUGGCAUUCUAGUUGUUGCAGAAUCCAAUGUUUCUGGAAUUUAUCGCUGCAUUGCCCACAACAAAAUAGGAAAUGAUACCAGGGACACUAAUUUUUAUGUCACAGAUGUACCAAGAGGGUUUCACAUUGCAUUUGAACAAUCACCAACAGAAGGUGAAGACAUGUCUCUGCCUUGUAGGGCAAACAGAUUCCUUUAUACAGAUAUGGAGUGGCAUAUCCCAAAUUUUUCACCUCUUCACAUGAUGUAUAAUAUCACAAGUGACCUGAAUGGGACUAGUUUUGAAAGGUACUCCAAAGCCCUGUACCUAAAUAUCAGGAAUAUCUCUAAAGGUCAGUCUGGUACAUACACCUGCACAGCCAGGAAUCUCUAUACUGGAAAACAAGAGCUGCAGCAAAAGAUGAUCAGUAUCAGACCUCAAGAAGCUCCCCAGCUUGUUCACAACCUGUCUGAUAUGCUUGUGAAUCUCAGUGGUGACGUAGCGUUGAACUGCCAGGCUAAAGGUGUGCCAGCUCCAUUCACAUCCUGGUACAAGAAUAACCAGGUGAUCCAGCAAGCCCCAGGGAUCAUUUUAGGACAAGAAAAUAGCACACUUUUAAUUCAACGAGUUAAACAAGAAGAUGAGGGACUUUAUGAGUGCAAAGUGACCAAUCAGAAGGGGGCAGUGACAAGUUCAGCAUAUCUUAAAGUACAAGCUGGUUUCAACACUGGAUUUCUUGCUCUGACUGGAAGAGCCGGAAGAGCAGAGAACUCUAACCUGGAAGUAAUAACGUUGACGUGUACCUGUGUGGCUGCAACACUCUUCUGGCUCUUGCUAACACUCUUCAUUCGCAAGAUGAAACGGCCUGGCUUUCCAGAAGUAAAAACUGACUACCUCGCCAUCAUGAUGGACCCCGAAGAAGUACCUCUGGAUGAGCAGUGUGAAUGUCUGCCAUAUGAUGCAAACAAAUGGGAGUUUCCACGGGAAAGAUUAAAGCUAGGAAAAUCCCUUGGCCAUGGUGCAUUUGGAAAAGUUCUGCAAGCAACUGCAUUUCGCAUUCAAAAAUCAUCAGGUUGCCAAACUGUUGCUGUUAAAAUGCUAAAAGAGGGGGCUACAGCAAGUGAAUACAAAGCUCUGAUGACAGAACUAAAGAUCUUGAUUCACAUUGGUCACCAUCUGAACGUCGUUAACCUAUUAGGUGCUUGUACCAAACAAGGAGGCCCUCUGAUGGUGAUUGUUGAAUACUGCAAGUACGGCAAUUUAUCAAACUACCUCAAGAGCAAACGGGAUGUUUUUGUAAUACACAGGGACACUGUGCCUCAGCAGGAGCAAAUGAAAGAAAAGCCCCACACAGAGCAGCUGGAAGGUAAAAAGAAGAGAGGAGACAGUAUCACAAGCAGUGAGAGUUCGAGCUCUAUUAGCUCAGGAUUUGAUGAAGACAAAGGUCCAAGUGAUGUUGACGAAGAAGAUAUGGAUUCAGAUACUUUUUACAAGCAACCCAUAACAAUGGAGGAUCUAAUUUCUUACAGUUUUCAGGUUGCUCGAGGCAUGGAGUUUCUGUCUUCAAGAAAGUGCAUCCAUCGAGACCUGGCAGCCAGAAACAUCCUGCUAGCUGAGAACAAUGUAGUCAAAAUCUGCGACUUUGGCCUUGCAAGGGAUAUUUACAAGGAUCCUGACUAUGUGAGAAAAGGAGAUGCACGACUUCCAUUGAAAUGGAUGGCUCCUGAGUUUAUUUUUGAUAAAGUGUACACCACGCAGAGUGAUGUUUGGUCAUAUGGAGUACUGCUGUGGGAAAUCUUUUCUUUAGGUGCUUCUCCAUAUCCAGGAGUCCAAAUAGAUGAAGAGUUUUGCCAGCGAUUAAAAGAAGGUACACGAAUGAGAGCGCCUGAAUAUGCAACACCAGAAAUAUAUCAAACAAUGCUAGACUGUUGGCAGAGUGAGCCAAAAGAAAGACCAACGUUUCCAGAACUGGUAAAAAGACUAGGAGAUUUACUUCAAGCAAAUGUUCAACAGGACGGCAAGGAUUAUAUCCCAUUAAACACCAUUUUAACACCAAACAGUAAUUUUGGAUGUUCCAGUUCAGAAUCUACAAGUCAUUGUGUACGAGACAACAUUCCAACUUCAGGAUUUCACAAUGAAAGCUUUGGAAGUCUUGGGUACGUAAAUACCCUUAAGAAAAAUCGGCCUGAAAGUGUGAAAACAUUUGAUGAGCUAUCACCAAAGAACUCAAAAAUCACAGAUGACUAUCAAGCUGACAGUGGAAUAGCAAUGGCUUCCGAGGAGUUCAAACGUCUGACAUGGACAGGCUGCAACAAACAAAAGCAACUUCAACCGUCUGGUAUGAAAAAUGCAAGCAGAAGUAAGGAAUCCAUGAAAUUUACAAGCAAUAGCAAAGAGUCUGUAUCUCAGGAAGCUGCUGAUAACAAAAUCAGUUACAACCUUCACUGCAACCACAUUGAUGAGAACAGCAGAGGGUUUGGGCGUAAUGUUAUAGUGCACAACCAUAUGGCGUGCUGUGCACCUCCACCUGAUUAUAAUUCAGUGGUUUCAUACACAUCUCCACCUAAAGCAAAUUAGGAGAGGCAUCUUUCUGUUUUGCCUAAUUUGUUCUACAAUGCAGCUAAACAUAUUUUCAUCUAAAGACAUUUGAAGUCACGUUUCUUCAUUCAUUCUUCCAUUUAUACUGUAAUCACUUUUUAUUCUACAAGCUUUAGCCAUGUAACUGCCACAGAGACAGUCUGAAGAAACUAUUUUUUUAGAAAACAUUUAACAAAUAAAUUAAGGAAUAUUUAAUUUUACUACUAUAUAACAGUUAGCAAAAAGUGGUUUAAGAAACUGUAUUUCUAAACUUGAGAAUGUAUGGCACUUAAAUCAUGUUAUCCCUUUUUGUUAAUAUUAUUUUAACUAAUAUACUGAUAGUAGUUUAAUCAUAAAAGGCCAAAAUGUGACAGAAUGUAUAGAUAAUUUACAUUUUUAUGGCUGUAAGACUGCUUGACUAAUGCAGAUGACUGUAUUCUUGUUGUCAUUCUGUGUAUUAUAAAGUGGCGUUUUUCUUUGUUUUCUCAA